CGAAACAGAAUAGCACUGCUGUACCGUACCGUAGCCUAGCAUACCGUGACAUAGAAACUACACCGUCCUUCUUCACCAAGCAAAUAUACUGCAAUACUUGCACAAGUCUCAACACUUUGUCUUACAGUAUCUGCGCACCGACCAUGUAUACGCUGCAUCCGAUCCCCCCUAUAAGGAUCGAGUCAGAGACCACCACUACUGGCAUCGGGGGCGGCGGCGACAAUAAGUCGUUCGUUGGUUCCGUUCGGUAUCAGCAGCAAGUGGCCGCGCCAUCGGAGAGCUACAACAGAGGGAAUGCAAACACAAGCAAGAACACGGCCACCAACCCUCAACACCACCGCUCCACAGAAAGCCCCAUCUUCCGUUGCUGCAACGACACACCCCUGUCAUCACCGUCUUCUUCACGACAUCUCUCCGCUCCCUGCUGUCGCUUGAACUUCAAUCCGUCAGCGGAUUUCUCGGAAACAACCCGAACAACAACGACGACGGCGACUGCCACGACCAUUUGCACAACCGACAAAUCGCUGUCGUCGUCUUCCCUAUCGACAUCACCAAUGGUUGUACGUGGCAGCCGCCCGAGUGAUUGCGGUGCUGCCUUUUCUUCCUCAUCGUCGAACCUUGCUGCUUCUUCUGCUUCUUCUCCCUAUUUUAUGCGGUUCCAACAGCAGCUCCCGCUGCGUCCGCGUUCGAACACUACCAUAUCAGACGAAUCGGAUAUGAAGGAAAUAAUAACCGCGGGAGAAGAAGCGAAGCAAACGAACGAACCGAAUUUUGAGGUGGUGGCAGGAGUGGACGGCCAUGCCGACAGCGACAGCGAACGCGAACGAGGCGAGCACUUCACCUCCGCGGAUGAGGCUGGUCCGUUGGAACCGGGAAUUUCCUCGUCGAUUGGAUCCUCGCUGUUUCGAACCACGCGGUACAACAGCAGCGAGAGCGACGACAGCAGCGACGGCAACGCUUACAACACCGCCGUCUUUGAUCCCGGUCUCGAUUUCCUGCGAAAGAACUACAACUACCGAACAGCGUGUGAGUUGUCCCGAGACCCAUCGCGAGAGGAAGUUCUGCCCGGCAGAGAAUCGGCCUCGAAAAGCACAGCGGUUGUCUUCUGCGAGCAAGACGGCUCGAAGCAUCCACGCCAAGCGCCCACCUCUGGCAGCACCCGCCAGAGCCUCGGCUCGAUCGGCGACGACGGGACGUCCUGCAAGCACCCGGAGGCCCUGGCCAUGAAGCKCCACCGGAAGCACACCCGRGCAACCUAUGUCAUGGGGGGCGCCGCGGUGGGGACCAUGCUGCUCCCGGUGGUCGGGACGGUCGUCGGCGGCGCCCUCUCCGGCUACUCGGUCAACCUGUACCUGAAGCGCAAGGAAAAACACGCCCAGCGCAAGUGGGACCGGGACAACUUCCAGACCAACGCGGACGCCUCGCCGGUGGCAAAGUACGCCGUGUUUGUGUGAAGGCCGUCCGACGCCAAAAACACGAUUGUAACGCGAUAGUAUAAUAYAAUAGCGC